UAAAUAAAAACCUAUUUAAUGAUCGAUGAGUUUCGACAAAACGUUUCCUAGUCUACUAAAACUAAAAAAUAAACGUCUUAUUUAAAAAAAUAAAAAACUGUUUUAAUGUCUUUUGAAGAUAUUUUUGAAACGAAUUCAAAUGAUUACGAAUUUUACGAAAUUGAAGAUGAACACGACAAUGAAUGGAACAACGAAAAUGAUUGCAAGCCGCUGUCAUUUUCGUCCUACGCGGAUGGCACUUAUCUUAAACUGAGAGACUGCGGCAUCAAACAAGCAGCUUUUUUAAAAGUCUACAACCAAAAAAAAGUCAAUGAAAGUUUUGAAGUCUACCAAAAAAUUGUCAAAUUAUAUGAUUUAGUCAAUUGGACCAAUUUAAAAACUCAAUUCAUUACAAGUACUUUAGAUGUUCAGAAAUGUGGCUUAAGUGAAAACGAUAUAAAAGCAGUGAUGAAAGCAUUAAACGGAAACAACCAUGUUAUUAGUUUGAAUUUAUCUGAAAAUGUGUUAAACAAGCCUGCAUGUGGCUAUGUAGCCGAGUUAAUAAGCAAAAACAAAAUAAUCAAACAUUUAAAACUGCAACGGUGUCAAAUUGACAGUGAAGGUGCAUCAAAGCUAAGUGAAACAUUAGAAAUUGCAUCAUUAGAAACAUUAAACAUGAGUUACAACAAUCUUGGUAAUAAAGGACUGCAUUUUAUUCUAGAUGCAUUACAAGCCAAUAAAUACCUUUUAGAAUUGGAUUUAAGUCACAAUAAUCUUAUGAAAGGAUGUGGACUAGACAUUAGCACUUUUAUAGGAAUAAACGAUAAAUUACGUUUAAUUAAUUUAUCUAACAAUUAUAUUGAUAACAAAAUAGAUUUAUCGAACAUAGUAAGAUCUAUUAAUUAUUUGAACGAAACAUUAAAAACCUUUAUAUUACAAUGGAAUGGCAUUUCUAGUAAAGAGUGUGCUAACGUAUUUAGAUUAUUAUUUAUGAAAUCAGAGUAUUUAAAAGUAUUGGAUAUAAGUUGGAAUAAUUUAAAAAACAUUGGUAGUAUAUUUGGGAAAGGUAUGAAAAAAUCUAUCAGUGUGGAGCAUUUAGACAUAAGCAAUAACCCAUUGGCUCCAGAAGAUAUAAUGGAAAUGCUAAACGCAAUUAUUGAACCAUCAUCUUUGAAAAUUUUAAGUUUGACACACGUGUUAGUCGAUGAAAAAAUAGAAAAAGCAAUUUCAAACUUACAAAACAGUAAUCCAGAAUUACAAAUAAAAGUAGGGCUAUAUACUAAUAUACGACGAAGGACUACAGAUCUACAAUCUCUCUACCUUCGACGAAUUCAUUACUUAGGUGUCAUGAAACCAAAGAAAAAAAGCAAAAAAGUUGACAUUGGUCAUACAUUAUUGAGAUUAAAACAAGAUGGAAAACUUAUACCGAUGAAGAUGUCUAAUUUUUUGUUACUUUUGGAAGGACUGAAGAUAAAUGGAACCGAAGACCUCUUGUCAUUAUUGGCUAGACAAUUUCGGAAUUCAGAAAAAAAAGUUGAUGUGGAAUUAAUGUUGGACAAGUACAUGGAAUUAUAUCCAAAUACUGAAUUACGUAUUAAUAAUUAAAAGUAGAUUAAGUCAAAAUUAGAUCAAUUAAAAUUUUAAAAUUAAAAAUUAAUGAACAAUAAAUUAUAAUAUUUUUAUGUAAUAUUAUCUUGAAGACUUAUAAUUUAAAAUAAAUGUAUAUGGAAAUAAUUCUUUAUUAAACAUUCAAUAAAGUCGAAAUUAAAUUAAAAAUAUUAAUCAACAUCAACUUCUUGAUUUUUAAUGUUUCUUAAAUAUUUUUUACAUUUCAUCCCUAUGUUCCUUUUUGUUUAGCCUACAUAACAUUUGUCACAAUUUUCCCCUUUCUUUUAGUUUAUCUUUAGCGCUACAUGAUAAAUAUUUUAGAUUAUUACUCAUAA